AUGAACGGCACAACCACGAAUGGCGACCAUGCCGCCACCGCCACCAACGGCAUCACGACGAACGGUGACCACGCCGCCACCAACGGCACUAAUGGCACGACAUCCCACAGCUACGCCCUGCCCCAGUCACACAUGGACAUGAUGCAGCGCUCCCUCGCCGAUACCGACCCAGAAAUCCGAGCGAUCAUGGAGAAAGAGAUCAAACGCCAACGCGAGUCCAUCCUCCUCAUCGCCUCCGAGAACGUGACCUCCCGCGCCGUCUUCGACGCCCUCGGCUCGCCCAUGAGCAACAAGUACUCCGAAGGCUACCCCGGCGCCCGCUACUACGGCGGCAACGAACACAUCGACGAGAUUGAGUUGACGUGCCAGAAGCGGGCGUUGGAGACGUUUGGAUUGAAGGAGGAAGAGUGGGGCGUCAAUGUGCAGUGCUUGAGUGGCAGCCCGGCGAACUUGCAGGUGUAUCAGGCGAUUAUGCGACCCCAUGAGCGGCUGAUGGGGCUGGACUUGCCACAUGGUGGGCAUUUGAGCCAUGGGUACCAGACGCCGUCGAAGAAGAUCAGCGCCGUGAGCACGUACUUUGAGACUUUCCCCUACCGAGUCAACCUCGAGACGGGCAUAAUCGACUACGACAGAUUGGAAGAGAACGCGUUGAUGUACCGCCCCAAGGUUAUUGUCGCAGGGACAAGCGCCUACUGCCGCGAAAUCGACUACGCCCGCAUGCGCGCCAUCGCUGACAAAGUGGGCUGCUAUUUGAUGGUAGACAUGGCGCACAUCUCCGGCCUCGUCGCCGCCAGAGUGAACGCCUCACCCUUCCCUCACGCCGACAUUGUCACGACCACCACCCACAAAUCCCUCCGCGGCCCCCGUGGCGCCAUGAUCUUCUUCCGCCGCGGCGUGCGCAAGACGGAAAUGAAAGCCGGCAAAGAAUUCCAAACCCUCUACGACCUCGAAGGCCCCAUCAACUUCUCCGUCUUCCCCGGCCACCAAGGUGGUCCCCACAACCACACCAUCACCGCCCUCGCUGUCGCGCUCAAACAAGCCCAAACCCCCGACUUCCGCCAAUACCAGCAGCAAGUCGUCAAAAACGCCAAACAGCUCGAACAUUCUUUCAAAUCGCUCGGUUACAAACUCGUGACGGAUGGGACGGACAACCACAUGGUCCUGCUCGACCUCAAACCCAUCACCAACCCCUCCGUUGACGGCGCGAGAGUUGAAGCAGUACUAGAAGCGGUCAACAUCGCCUGCAACAAGAACACCACCCCUGGUGACAAGUCUGCGCUGACGCCGCAGGGCGUCCGAAUCGGCGCGCCGGCCAUGACGAGUCGGGGUAUGGGCGAGAAGGAUUUCGACCGCAUCGCACAUUAUAUCGAUCGGUGUAUCAAGCUGGCGCAGAAGAUCCAAAGCGAGUUGCCGAAGGAUGCGAACAAGCAGAAGGACUUUAAGGCUGCUGUUGCUGUCAAGGGUGGGAUUCCGGAGUUGGCGGAGUUGAAGCAGGAGAUUGCCGCAUGGGCUGGGACGUUCCCACUGCCGGUGUAA